GCUGCAGCGGAAUGACCGCGUCCGCCGGGGCGCCCUGAGUCUGGGGCGCUCGGGGUUCGGGAAGAGCCGGCCCUGAGGCGCACGGGGUUCGGGGACACUGAGGGCUCCAGGCGCCGCAUCCAGCACCGGGGAAAAGGGAUGGGAGAGGUGCCAGGAAAACAAUGAAACAAACCAAAACAACGAAGAAGGCAUUCUCUGUAUGGAAGUCGUGAAGCCUCAAAACUAUCUAGGAGGACAGCCAACGACUUGGGACCUGUGGCCGCAAUUCUCAUUUCCUGUCCGUCCAUCCACCCUUCAUGGGGCCAGAGCCCUCUCUCCAGAAUCUGAGCAGCAAUGCCGUUUGCUGAAGACAAAACCUAUAAGUAUAUCUGCAGACAUUUCAGCAAUUUUUGCAAUGUGGAUGUUGUAGAGAUUCUGCCUUACCUGCCCUGCCUCACAGCAAGAGACCAGGAUCGACUGCGGGCCACUUGCACACUCUCAGGGAACCGGGACACCCUCUGGCACCUCUUCAAUACCCUUCAGCGGCGACCCGGCUGGGUGGAGUCCUUCAUUGUGGCCCUGAGGGCCUGUGAGCUGUCUGAUCUCGCGGAUGAAGUGGCCCGUGUCUACCAGAGCUACCAGCCUCGGACCCCGGAACAUCCUCCAGCCCCACUGGAGGCACCGUCAGUUUCUGCUGAGGUACCAGGACCCUCCACGCCUGCUGCAGCCCACAGCAUCCCCUACAAUGGCUACAGAGAGAAGGAGCCAAGCUACCCCAUGCCUGUCCAGGAGUCCCAGCCGCCAGAGUCCCUGGAAGAGAGUUCAGAGCAAGCCCCGCAGAUGCUCAGUCCCGGAGCCAUCCCAAGGAGGCCAGGUGGUGGCCCUGUGGAGCCCUCCGCUGACCUGGCAGCCCUUAGCCCUGUGACCUCCAGUGGGCAUCAGGAGCAGGACACAGAACUGGGCAGUACCCACACAGCAGGUGCAACCUCCAGCCUCACACCAUCCCGUGGGCCUGUGUCUCCAUCUGUCUCCUUCCAGCCCCUGGCCCGAUCCACACCCAGGGCAAGCCGCUUGCCUGGACCUGCAGGGUCAGUUUCUACUGGUACCUUCUCCUCCUCAUCCCCUGGAUUGGCCUCUGCAGGGGUUGAAGAGGGUGACCAGCCCGAGCCUGUCAUCUGCUCCAGUGGGGCAGAGGCACCUGCCAACUCUCUGCCCUCCAAAGUGCCUACCACCUUGAUGCCUGUGAACACAGUGCCCCCAGAAGUGCCUGCCAACCCAGCAUCUGCCAGCACAGUGACCUCCAAGUUGCCACCUAGCUCAAAGCCCCCUGGUGCCGUGCCUUCUAAUGUGCUCACCAAUCCAGCACCAUCCAAAUUGCCCAUCAGUUCAACCCGUGCUGUCAUGGUGCCAUCCAAAGUGCCCAGUAGCAUGGUGCUCACCACAGGGAAUGCCAGCACAGUCCCCACCAGCAGGAGCAGCAGAGCUGAGGAGACCCCAGCAGCUCCAACACCUGCAGGUGCCACUGGAGGCAGCUCAGCCUGGCUAGACAAUAGCUCUGAGAAUGGGGGCCUUGGGUCGGAGUUGAGCAAGCCUGGCAUGCUGGUAUCCCAGGUAGACAGCCUAUUCUCGGGCUGCUCUGAGGAUCUUGCCAUCAGUGCCAGCAGCUCCUUGGGCGUGGGGCCCUGCCAUGGCCCAGAGGAGAAUGAAUACAAGUCCGAGGGCACCUUUGGGAUCCACGUGGCUGAGAACCCCAGCAUCCAGCUCCUGGAGGGCAACCCUGGGCCACCUGCGGACCUGGAGGGUGGCCCCAGGCCACACACCGACCAGAAGUUCCAGGACGAGGAGGUGCCAUGCCACUGGUCCUCGCUUGGGUCUCCGUGGCUCCAGGCAGCUGUGGCAGGGGUGCUGGCAGCCAUACUCCUGGCAGUGCUGUACCAGCGGCGCCAGCUCUAGUGCAGCCCUAGGCCCUUCCCAUCACCCAUCUGCUCCGUUCCUGCAGUAUACCUGGCCGCUCUCCGAAGCCCCUUAUCCCUUUCUUAGGGAUGGUGGAAGCUAUGUCAGAGGGGAGCUAAGGGACUGCAGGCCUGGCAGCAGGAUGUGCCUUGGCUGAGCCAAGUCCUGAGAGUAGCAUCUCCAUCUCCACUGUGCCCUCUGUGCAUCCCUAUCCUUGGCUUUCUGGGACCUGGGCUGCCCUCGAUGCUCCAGACCUUCUCCACCAGUAAUCCAGGUUAUCACCCAUGUCCUCCAGAGGAGCUUCCCCAUUCAGGCCUCAGCCCUGUUGGCCCAGGUGGAUCAGGGGGAGCCACUGGAGCACAUGGGAGUUGGGAAUGCUCCUCCUGUUGCACUGGUCCCCUAAGGCCUCAGGGUAGUUGUGUAGUGUGUGGAUGACUCCACAAGACCUGGCUUCCAGACCGUUGCACUCAGGCAGGCUGGAGUGGCAGGGUAGCUGCUCUCCAGGGGCCCAAAUGCCUUGGGUUCCUGCCCCAUGGGCCCCUUCCCCUUCUGGGCAAUAUUGGGAAGGUCUGGAAAUUCCUGGGAUCUCAGGCAAGCCAGGGACAGCUGCCAGGCCUGAGGAAGACCUCUGAAGCUCCUCUCCACCUCCCCUUUCCCUCCCCUCUGGCUCCCUUCUCUUCAGCUCCCUACAUGGGCUGGGGAGGAGACACCUGGUGGGCAGAGCUCAGGCAGAGGUUUGGAUUUCAGCUCCCCACUUCCUGGGCUGCAUGGCCUUGGCGGAUGUCAGACUUCUGGUCUUGCUUCUCCAUGUGGACAGUGAAUAUUUGGCUCAUUCUUCACUGGGUUCUUCUGACAUUGAAACCUACAGGUGUUUGCCAAGUGCCUAGCCGAGAGCAGGUGAGCACUAACUGCUUCUCCCACCUCUCUCCUGUCCAAGCUGGUAGAGCUGAGAGCAUGAGGAGAGGAGUGCACAGUGGCCAGUGAUGCAGCCCUGCACACAGGCAGCCUAGGCCUCACCGCACGCUGCCUCUCACCAGCUCUGCAACCUUGGGCAAGGGAUUCAUCUCUCUGUGCUUUAGUUUUCUCACCUGUAAAAUGAUCAGUAUCUAUAUGUAUUUCCAAGUGCUGUGAGGAUUAAAGUUUAUCACUGUAGAUCUUAGGAUGAGUCCUGGCAUUUACCAAGGAUUGGAUAUGUAUUAUUAUCACUUUUUUUUUUUUUGAGACAGUCUCACUCUGUUGCCAGGCUAGAGUGCAGUGGCAUCAUCUCAGCUCACUGCAGCCUCCGCCUCCCGGGUUCAAGAGCUUCUCCUUCAGUCACCGAGUCGCUGGGACUACAGGUGUGCCACCACACCCAGCUAAUUUUUUUUGUAUUUUUAGUAGAGAUGAGGUUUCACUAUGUUGGCCCAGGAUGGUCUUGAUCUUCUGACCUCGUGAUCUGCCCUCCUUGGCCUCCCAAAGUGCUGGGAUUACAGGCAUGAGCCACCACACCAGGCCCUUAUUAUAACUAUUAAGUGUGGUGGGCAACAGGGACCCCCAUCUCUAAAAAAUUAGCCAGGUGUGGUGGUGCACCUGUUGUCCUAGCUACUCAAGAGGCUGGGGAGGGAGGAUCACUUGAGCCCAGAAGUUUGAAGCUGCAGUGAGCUAGGACUGUGCCACUGCACUCCAACAUGGGUGACAGAGUGAGACCCUGUCUCAAAAAGAAAAAAAAGGCAGAGAAAGAGAGCCCUUAGCUACUCCUUUAGAGGCAGACCAGACCCUUCUGCCUCACAGAUUUAUCUUUAUAUUUGCCCCUUACUUUAUCUUGUGCCUUGAGAAAUUGCUGGUGAGGGAGGUGUGUCCACUGGGCAGCUAUACAGGAUGGAGGCUCUAGGGCAUUUCCACUCCCAGCAGCCAGGUUCCCUCACCCUGAGCUCACACACUGGUGAGAUUAGCUACAGUAACACCAGAAACACAUUGGGAUGGAUCAGGGAUAUCUUCAUGGGUUCUUUUCAGGCAGCCAUUGCUGGACAAGGCACAGGAGCCACCUUCCUUUCUGAGCUCUUCAAGGGACAAGAACUAGAGCCAUCAGAGGUGGGGCUCACUGUGGCCCCUCUCAAGCUGUCCACCUCCAGGGAUAUACACCCUGCCUUGGCUGCUACAGCUUUUUCUCUCCACUGCACUAGGGGCAUUCAGCAACCUAAUGACAUCUAUCUCUGAACAUCUCUUCAUCCCGUGCUCCAGAUCUGGCAACCUGUACCCUGGAACCAGGAGUGGACCCUACCCAAGCUGUCUGUACCACUCCCCAUCCCUCGCCCCCAAUCUUAAAAGCCCUCUGUCCCCCCACCUUAAACCCCAGUUAGAUACCCAUGCUGGGCAGGUCAGUUGACAAUUUAUGCAGAGGUAUUAGUUUUAAUGUAUUACUGUCCCAGGGUAGCUUUGAAAAAAGUAUCUGUGAAAGGCAACAUGGGCUGGCGCAGUGGCUCACACCUAUAAUCCCAGAACUUUGGGAGGCUGAGGUUGGUGGAUCACCUGAGGUCGGGAGUUCAAGACCAGCUUGGCCAACAUGGUGAAACCCUGUCUCUACUAAAAAUACUAAAAUUAAACUGUCUUGCAUGCUCUGCUCAUGUACCCCAAAACCUAAAAUCCAAUAAAAAAUUAAAAAAAUAAAUAAAAAUUAAAAAAUACUAAAAUUAGCCAGGUGUGGUGGCAUGAACCUAUAAUCCCAGCUACUUGGGAGGCUGAGGCACAAGAAUCACUUGAACCCAGGAGGUGGAGGUUGCAGUGAGCCAAGAUCCUGCCAUUGCACUCCAGCCUGGGCGACAGAGUGAUACUCUGUCUCCAGAAAAAAAAAGGCAAUAUGUAGGCCCAAAGACUGUUCCCAAGUGGUAGAAUUUUAGCACUGUACCAGCCUAGGUAAAAAAUAUAAAAAUCAACUGGGCAUGGUGGCACUCAUCUGUAGUCCCAGCUUCAUGGGAGGCUGAGGUGGGAAGAUCACUUAAGCCCGCCAGGAGGCAGAGGUUGCAGUGAGCUGAGAUCGCACCACUGCACUCCAGUCUGGGUGACAGACAGACACUGUCUCAACAAAGAGAGAGGAAAAAAAAAGAAUUUUAGCACAGUGAGCAGCCAUUGUGGGAGACACCCUGGGUAAGGCAUGUAGGAAGUAUUGAAGGACCUUUCUAGCCCUGCUGUCUGCCUUUUUUUUUUUUUUUUUUUUAAAGAGACUCACCCAGCCUUUAGCAAAGUGGUGUGAUUAUAGCUCACUCUAUCCUCAAACUCCUGGACUUAAGCGAUCUUCCUUCCUCAACCUUCUGAGUAGUUAGGACUUCAAGUGCAUGCCACCAUGCCUGGCUAAUUUUUAAAUGUUUUGUAGAGAUGAGGUCAUGCUGUUUUGUUGCCCAGGCUGGCCUCAUGAGAGCUUGCCUCAGCCUCCCACCCCCAGCACUUUUCUUUCUUUUCUUUCCCCCCAGGCCCAUACUGGCUUUUUUUUUUUUUUUUUUUUUGAGACAGUCUUAGUCUAUUGCUCAGGCGGCUGGAGUGCAGUGGUAUGAUCUCAGCUCACUGCAACCUCUGCCUCCUGGGUUCAAGUGAUUCUCCUGCCUCAGCCUCCCAAGUAGCUGGGAUUACAGGCGCCUGCCACCACACCAGGCUAAUGUUCGUACUUUUAGUAGACAUGGGGUUUCUCCAUGUUGGCCAGGCUGGUCUUGGAACUCCUGACCUCAAGUGCUCCGCCUGAUUUCAGCUUCUCAAAGUGCUGGGAUUACAGGCGUUAGCCACCAUGCCUGGCCAACCCCCUGACUUUUCAAAUGAUGCUGCUCAAAGCCCUGACUUGGCCUACUUUGAACAGCAACCUUGUAUCUGCUGUUGUCAACCUGAAGACCUCUCAAAUGCCAGCUUCAAGCAGGUGUGAAUUGGCCAGAGUAUUGGCCAGUGUCAGAUCUCACAGGAGUCCUGUGUUGUGGGUGUGGCUUUCAGCUGCAGGGGGUUGUGCUUAGCGGGGAAAGCCAGGCAGGUCGCCCUCACAGCCAGGUAAUGUGGAGGUGAGACCUGGCCACCCAUCCUUGGGGACCUGAGAAAGUGUACUUCACCUUGGGGUGAAGGCUAGGAGGGGCGCCAGAGGGCCCAGUACCCUCCUCAGUGCUUAAGGGGCAGAGCCACCUGCAGCAAUGGUAUCUGCAUAUCGGCCCCUCUCCAACUUCUUCCUCCUGCUGAAUCAGUUCCCUCAAAGCCCAAAAGCUGUCUCUGUUUCUGUCUCCCUGGGAAAAAUGCAUGGACUCUGCCUGGUGAUAGACUGAAGCCAGAAGAGUGCCACACCCAUGCCUUAAUUCCUUGAUAGAUGUUCUCAGAUUUAGGAGACUUCUUAGUCAAAGAUGAGGGAGGCUGGAUGCCGUGGCUCGUGCCUGUUAUCCCAGCACUUUGGGAAGCUGAAGUGGGAGGAUCCCUUGGAGCCAGGAGUUUGAGACCAGCCUAGGCAACAAAGCAAGACCCUAUCCCUACCAAAAAAAAAAAAAAAUCUAGGUGAUGCUCUUUGCCCUGCCUAACUUCCCAUUAAUUAAUAGCUUUCUUUGAGCAACAUUAUUUAUUGUGAACUUUUUUUUUUUUCUUUUUGAGACGGAGUUUCGCUGUUGUUACUCAGGCAGGAGUGCAAUGGCACGAUCUCGGCUCACCGCAACCUCUGCCACCUGGGUUCAAGCAAUUCUCCUGCCUCAGCUUCCCAAGUAGCUGGGACUACAGGCGCGCACCACCAUGCCCAGCUAAUUUUUGUAUUUUUAGUAGAGACGGGGUUUCACCUUGUUGACCAGGAUGGUCUCGAUCUCUUGACCUCGUGAUCCACCUGCCUCAACCUCCCAAAGUGCUGGGAUUAUAGUCGUGAGCCACCGCACCCAGCCAACUUUUUUUUUUUUUUGAGAUAGCGUCUCGCUCUGUCACCCAGGCUGGAGUUAGUAGAGACGGGUUUCACUGUGUUGGCUAGGUUGGUCUCAAACUCUUGACCUCAGAUGAUCCUCCCACCUCGACCUCCCAAAGUGCUGAGAUUACUAGGUGUGAGCCACCAUGCCUGGCCUGUAAACUUUCUUCUUUUUUUUUUUACUUUGAGACAGUUUCGAUCUGUCACCAGCCUGGAGUGCAGUGGUGCAAUCUCCGCUCACUGCAACCUCUGACUCCCAGGUUCAAGCACUUCUCCUGUUUCAGUCUCCCAAGUAGCUGGGACUGCAGGCACACACUACCACACCCAUCUAAUUUUUGUAGUUUUAGUCGAGACGGGGUUUCACCAUUUUGACCAGGAUGGUCUCAAUCUCGACCUUGUGAUCCACCUGCUUAAGCCUCCCAAAGUGCUAGGAUUACAGGUGUGAGCCACUGUGCCUGGCCCUGGCCUAUGAACUUUCAAACACAAUAAAAGUAGAGAGUAGAAUAACAAAUCCCCGUGAGCCCACCACCCAACUUCAGUAAUUAUCUAUCAAUUCAUGACCGUCCUGUUCACCCCUGACUGCUUCCCCUCAUUCUACACAGUUUUUUUUUUUCUUUUUUUUUUUUUUUUUUGAGAUGGAGUUUUGCUCUGUUGCCUAGGCUGGAGUGCAAUGGUGCAAUCUUGGCUCACUGCAAGCUCCACCUCCCGGGUUCAAACAAUUCUCCUGCCUCAGCCUCUCAAGUAGCUGGGAUUACAGGUGCCUGCUACCAUGCCUGGCUAAUUUUUAUAUUUUUAUUAGAGAGGGGGUUUCACCAUGUUGGUCAGGCUGGUUUUGAACCCCUGACCUCAGGUGAUCCACCCGCCUCAGCCUCCCAAAGUGCUGAGAUUACAGGUGUGAACCACCAUGCCCAGCCUGCACAAGUUCUCUAUAGAAGUCGAAGAGUGAUGAGUUCAGAAAGCCAAGGGGCAGAUGUGGGUCUGAAGGAUUUUGUGCCUAAGGCCCUCUCCUUGCUCCCAGGCAGGAUGAAGUAACAAUGAAGCAUCCACCUCUUAGUUUUGUGGCCUCUAUGGAUGACAUCUGUCUCCUUGAACCAGUUCAGAGUUUGAGUAGCACUGGACCCUGUCUUUGUGUGUGUGUGUGUGUGACAGCAUUUCUCUCCUGUUGCCCAGGCUGGAGUGCAGUGGCACAAUAUCGGCUCACUGCAACCUCCAAUUCCUGGGUUCAAGUGAUUCUCCUGCCUCAGUCUCAUAAGUAGCUGGGAUUACAGGCAUGAGCCACCACACCUGGCUAAUUUUGUAUUUUUAUUAGAGGGAGUUUCUCCAUGUUGGUCAGGCUGGUCUCUAACUCCUGACCUCAGGUGAUCCACCUGCCUUGGCCUCCCAAAGUGCUAGGAUUACAGGUGUGAGCCACCACACCUGGCCUGGAACCUGUCUUAGGAGAAGGGACUGAAGCGGGUUCCUCUGUUGUUAAGCUCCUUGGAGGUGCCUGGCUGCUACUACUGUCCCAGAGAGGUGAUGACGAAUGAUGGAUGUGUCCAGCAGCAGUUUGCCCCACUGAGGCAGGGGCUUCUCCUAAGCCCUGACAGAGCCCUUCCAGCAGGCAGAAAUCCCUGUGCUGGGCUCCCAUCUCUUAGGAAUGGAGUCUUUCAGGCCUUGAGGUCCCGCAUUUUCCAUGAUGCUCCGUCAAGCAGCUGAAAGCACCCCCACCUCCAGGGAGCGUGAGUCCAGAGUCCUUGGUCUAAUACAUCUGUAUUGAAAUUGCUGCCUCCCCAUGUUCAUCUUUGCUCUUUUUCCCUUUAGCCCAAGGCUAUGAAGGCUUCAUUUGGUACUGGGCAUGGUCACUCCUAGCAUUCCUCAUUCUGUUGCUAACAACAACCUACCCUACUGUCGAGGCAUUAUGCUCACUGCUUCAUGUAUAUUAACUCUUUUUUUGUUAGUUUGUUUUGAGAUGGAAUCUCACUCUGUUACCAGGCUGGAGUGCAGUGGUGUGAUCUUGGCUCACUGCAACCUCCGCCUCCCAGGUUCAAGCAAUUCUCCUGCCUCAGCCUCCCAAAUAGCUGGGACUAUAGACGUGUGCCACCAUGCCCGGCUAAUUUUUGUAUUUUUAGUAGAGAGGAGGUUUUACCAUAUUGGCCAGGAUGGUCUCAAUCUCUUGAACUUGCGACCUGCCCGCCUCGGCCUCCCAAAGUGCUGGGAUUACAGGUGUGAGCCACGUUGCCCGGCCUAACUCAUUUAACCUUCACAAUGACCCUAUGAAAGAGGUACCAUACCAACCCAAUUGAUAGCUGGUUUGCAAGAUUAGGAGGGAGAAAGGACCCAGGGCACAAUAUGAGGGAAAACUCUUACCCCGAGGUCCCAGGCUGAAUGCUCUUUGUGCCUGUGAACCACAGCCUAUUGUGUGUCUGGAGUCAGGGACUCCAGUUAAAGUGAGAUUUUGGCUGGAUGUAGUGGUGUAAUCCCAGCACUUUGGAAGACCAAGGUAGAAAGAUUGCUUGAGGUCAGGAGUUCAAAACCAGUGUGGGUAACAGCAAGACCCUAUUUCUACAAAAAAAAAAAGGAAAUUUUAGCUGAGUGUGGUGGCGUGUGCUUAUAGUUCCCACCACUACUCAGGAGGCUGUGGUGGGAGGAUCACUUGAGCACAGGAGUUUGAAGUUACAGUGAGCUAUGACGGCACCACUGCACUUCAGCUUGGACAACAGAGGGAGACCCUGUCUCUAAAAUACGUGGAGAUUUUCACAUCAACACAUCCCUGCACAGCAUGCCAAGAUCUGCCACCUGCUGUAAUAGUACAAUUACAUUCAAUAUGUAAUAAUAUAGUCUCAGGGAUGUUGUGACAAUAUGAUUACAGCUGUCACAUGUGUGGCCAGCCAGGUUCAAUGCCCUGAGGCUGGGUGAGGUGGGGCAGGGGACACAGCCUAAAAUGCCAGGCCUCAGGAAGCCAUUUGGUUUAGCAGACAUUGUUUAUUAAAGGAGUUCCCUAUGCCAGAUCAAAAGCCUAGAUGAUUAAGACACUGUGAGUGCCUUUAAGUGGUUGGGGACGUUCACGAUGUGGUGCAGACAGAUAGACUUUCCCAUCAUUCUUUCAUGUAAUCAUACAACAGAUAUUUGCACCUGUAUGUGCAAAGCAUUGGGGUAGGUAGGCCUCAGUGAACACAGAAUAAUACAGCAAAGACCCCCCUCCCCAUGGCUCCUCCCACCACCCACCAAUACAUUAGGGGAUGGUCUAAUGGACUGUUCCUGGAACAUGAAGUGGGGCAGGCAUUAGGGGUGGCAAGGGGACAGGUGUUGAUAUGAUCAGUUACGUACUGUUCAUAAUAACUAAAUCAGGGGAGGGGGUAUAAUACUUAGAGCCUAUAGAGAGUAAAUCAGACAAGAUCAAAUGUUGACGAAAAUAUGGAGGAAAUGAAACUCCUGGGUUUUGCAGAAAAUCUAAGUCAGUGCUGUGGUCUGAAUGUAUGUGUCCCCGUUGAAUUCAUAUGUUGAAACCUAACCCCCAAAGCAAUGGCAUUAAGAGGUGGGGCCUUUGGGGAUGGGCGUGGUAGCUCACACCUGUAAUCCCAGUACUUUGGGAGACCAAGGUGAUCUAUUUUGAUCACUUGAAAUCAGGAGUUGGAGAUCAGCCUGGCCAACAUGGUGAAACCCCGUCUCUACUAAAAAUGCUAAAAUUAGCCAGGUGUGGUGGUGUGCACCUGUAAUCCUGGCCACUCAGGAAGCUGAGGCAGGAGAAUCACUUGAACCCAGGAGGUGGAGAUUGCAGCAAGCCAAGAUCAUGCCACUGCACUCCAGCCUGGGUGACAGAGGAGACACCAUCCCAAAAAAAUAACAUAAAGGGGUGGGGCCUUUAGUAGGUGGUUAGGUCAUGAGGGUGGAGGUUAUGAAUGGGGUUAGCACCUUAUAAACAAGGCUUGAGGGAACCCUUCUGUCCCUUCUACCAUGUGAGGGUGUAGUGAGAAGACCCUGUAUCUUUGAAGCAGAGAACUCUCCCUGGACACCGGAUCUGCUGGCGCCUUGAUCUUGGACUUCCCAGCCUCUAGAGCUGUGAGAAAUAAUUUUUCGUUGUUUACGAAUUACCCAGGGUAAGGUGUUUUGUUAUAGUAGCCUGAAUGGACUAAGCUGGCGUGACCUUGUUGGAAAACUGUCAGUUUCUACCAAAAGAUGAACAUACACAUAAACUAUGAUCCAGCAGUUCCACUCCUGGAUGUGUACACCACAGAAACAAAAGCUAUUCCACCGAGACAUGGGCAGGAAUGUUUCUAACCACCACACUGACUUGUAGCCCUAAACUCGAAACAACACAAAUGUCCAUCCACUGUUGAAGUUAUGGUGAAGUCACAGGAUUGAAUACUUCUGUACAGCAAUGAAUAUAAAUGAAAAUAUUGCUAUGCACAGCAACAUAGAUAAAUUUCACAGACAUGAUGUCGAGCGAAAGAGGUCAGAGUCCUCACCACUUUCUGUUGAGAAACAUUAAGUGUACCCUGCCCCCAUGGCUCCUCGUAGUUUGUAAUUACUGGUAGGCAGGUUACAGCUGCCUACCUGUUGUAUUCCUGAGUUAUGUGUAUAUGUAUAUGUAGAACACCUGUGUUAUUAACAAUCACCUGUCAAAGAGCAAAUAAAUGCGUGGAUGAAUCUCUGCUGGGGCCCUUCAGUCCUGGAGAGCUGCAAGCAUCAGAGGCUCUCAGGCUGUUUGUCCCCAGGAUAGAUCCACUCUGUUGGC